AUGCCAUGUUUUCUCUUUCGUGUUGUUAACACUGCAUUACGUUGCGAUGAUCGAACGAAACUCGACGCGUUAGGUCCCUAUUGUUAUCUCGUUUACAAUUACAUCGGCCGCCAUACUAAUCAAAAUAUGUCACUCCGACAUCGUCUUUUACAAUCAGCUCGUGUUACAGACGGUCAAUCGAUGACUUUGUAUCGCGGUGAUGAAGUUUGUUCCAAAACGUUAGAAGAAUUUAAACACGCUGCUGGAAAAAAAGACAAAUAUUUUAGAUGGCUUCCAUUUGUAUCAACUUCACUCGAUCUGGUUGUUGCCGAAAACUUUGGACAGAAUGUUUUGUAUAUUAUCGAGCUACAACGUUAUUUAUCCAAUGAUCAAUUCACAUACUUAAGCAAUAAUACAUACUUCAAAAGUGAAAAAGAAAUAUUAUUGAAGCCUGGAGCGCGAUUUCAAGUAAUGAAAGUAGAACCUGACUGUCAGUUAAAACGGCAAUUGGUCUAUAUCAAAAUUAUUCCAUCGUAUGUGUCCAAUUUGAGAUAGUACAAUAAUAGUCCAAAGUAUUUUAAACCAUAUGUUACAGCUGUAUUUUUGUUCAAAAUAAGUCUUUAACAUUGUCUCUAUUAGCUAAAAUGUAAAUCGCAAUGGAACUAUUCUGAUGGUAAACGGAUACGUUUGGCACAUUUGCCUAGCGGGAAAGCUUUUGAAAUUUCAUAAGGAUGUGUAGCUACUUUAGCAGAUGCAGGAGGGAAUUCUCGCCUGUCGAUAGCCGUCCGUCUCAUAUUUAGACUAGUCGCUUAUCUGUAUAACUCUAAUCCUCACUGGUUACAAAAAAGACAGAUUAACAAUGCGUUAACACACGAAAUUCAUUGUACUUUGGCCGUUGGAACGUCCGUUUAUAUGUUUAUUAUUCAAAACAGCAACUUAUAUUGAAACAACUGUGGAAAUAUAAUUAUAGAAUUUUGUGGACUUUGUGAAACAACUGUGGAAAUAUAAUUAUAGAAUUUUGUGGACUUUGUGAAACAAAUAUCCAUGACUGUGGAAAAAAACUAAUUGAUAGUUAUACACUGAUGUAUUCAGCUUUAUCCAGUGGCAAGAAUACUAAAUUCAAAAUCUAGACUAGUCCCAGUAAUUGCUUGAACUUGAGUCGACUCGAGUAACAUUUUUUAAUGACUUUGACUUGGCUCAAACUCAAAAAUGAUGAGUAACUUUAAUUCGACUGCUUUAUUCAGAUCAUUCACAGAAAAAAGUAAAAGUUGAUAACUCAACACCAGAAUCAGUUUCACAAGAAAUUGAUGAUUUUCUAGGUAGGUUAUCAUUUCCCCUAAAUCAGGUCCACAUUUGUGGACAAUUCAACAAUUGAGAUCAAUCUAGUGACCAAAUAGGGACUUUCAUUUAGGGACUUUUCAAUUUAGGAACUUUUUUAUAACAUAUAUCAUACGU